AUGGGCUGCGUGGCUGCGCAGAAGGGUGUCUGCGAAGUGGCCAUCAGCGUCAGCGAGGCCCGUCGGUGGGGCAUCUGCCUUUCAGCGCUGAUCGGUCACGGUGCGGCGGAGGUGGCUGUCCAACUGCGGCCUUUCAGGCUCAGCUGGACGACCGCCCAACAGCCGAUGCGCCAAUAA